CACACCCCAAUCAUUGCCCAUGAUACAGCAACUCAUGGGUGAUCAGCAAUGGACUGUAUCCUCGAUGGUCUCAAUUCCUCCCAGUCCACUGCUGUGACAUCCCCGGCGUCUAUCUUGCAAGUCCUGGCGCCACCGGGUUCAGGUAAGACAAAGACGCUGACGGCGCGCGUCGCGUACCUUCUGGCGCAUCAUAAUUACCGCCCUCAAGAUGUCAUCUGUUGCACAUUCACUAUCAAGGCCAGCCGGGAGAUGCGAGAGAGGCUGGCCAAGUUGAUUGGUGAGGAUUUACAGAAGAGACUGCUCCUGGGAACCUUCCAUUCGAUCUGCCGGCGGUAUCUAGUGAUCUACGGCCACUUGAUCGGGCUGAAGAAAGGCUUCGGGAUCGCCGACUCCGGUGACAGUACGUCUAUCAUCAAAGUGGGUCAAGCCUCUAUCUUGUUGAACUCUGCGCGACCGUCUCCAUGGUGGAGCUAUAUUGACCUGGGAUAAUUGGCAGAAAAUCAUCAAGCGGCUGCGCGUCAGUAUCGAGCCGGGGGCCGCUAGGGGACGAAUUUCUCGCCAAAAAGCCCAGGGUGUCGGCCCAGAUGAGGUCGCAGCAAGGAUACAGACAAAGAACAAGACCACAGAGCAAUGGGACUUCGUCCAGGUCUAC